CCCGGCGCCCUUCUGAUUGGUGGCUCGCGGGUUUGGCCCGCCCCACGGGCGGGGUGGCACGGGGGCAACAUGGAGGGCGCGGUGUCGGAUCUGGUCGUGUGUAACCUGGCGUUUGCGGGGCGCCUCGAGGAGCUGCGGGCGCUGCUGCUCCGCGACAGGGCCCAGGCCACGCGGGCCGACCAGGAUCACCGCACCGCGCUGCACUGGGCCUGCUCGGCGGGACACACGGACGUCUCAGACCUCCUUCUCGGGCUCGGCGUGCCUGUGAACGAUAAGGACGAUGCUGGUUGGACUCCUUUGCACAUUGCUGCUUCAGCAGGCCGUGAUGAAAUUGUGAAGGCCCUUAUUGCUAAGGGUGCUCAUGUAAAUGCUGUCAAUCAGAAUGGCUGCACACCCCUGCAUUAUGCAGCCUCCAAAAAUAAGCAGGAGAUUGCAAUCAUGCUUUUGGAGAAUGGAGCAGAUCCGGAUGCAACAGAUCAUUUUGAAUCCACCCCAUUACACAGAGCAGCAGCCAAAGGAAACCUAAAAAUGGUACAGAUCCUUGUGCAGCACAAUGCAACUGUGGAUAUACGGGACUCAGAAGGGAAUACUCCUCUGCACUGCUGAAAAUUUGAUUGGAGAGCAGCUGAAGGAGUUGCAGGAGCUGCUGUUUCAUCAACACUUGGGUAUUCAUUUGUUGCAUUGCUCGAUGGAACUGUGGUUGCAGGAAUGUUUUCUUCAUUGGAUACCUGAACAUAGUCUGCAUUGGAUUGUUUCUGAACCAUUUCUCUGCAGAAAGACAGGAUUGGGAUUGUGAUCUCACAUGUUGAAAUCCUAGGUACUCUAGAGUCUUUCAAAAUACUGAAUCUUUGUAUUUGCCAUCUGAACAGUAACCCCAAUGUUAUUAUGACUGUUCCAAGAUUGUGUGAAAACAACACCACUGAUACUGAGACAGAAGGAGUGACAGCAUGUUAGCUAGAAAGACAUUUGCAUUGCUGGUUUAAGUGAUCCCAUUAGAAUAGAAUUGAUUUUAGUGUGUUUAAAUGUUAUGCCAGGAAAGUGGAAAAGGAAACUGAGCACUGGCAGUGUCUGCAGAGUGAUAACAAAAUUCACUGCCGGGUGUGAGCUUUCUGGGAACUUCCAUGCAGAUCUGGUGUCCCACUGAAGUGCAUGAAAAAUAGAAUUCAGUCAGAAAAGAAUUAGGAAAAGACUGAAAUCCAGAAAAGUAAUAUAUAUUUAGUAUUUUAGAAAAUAUGGAAAUCUAGAGAAGUAUUUUUAGUAACAGGUAUUAAUUCCAUUUAUCUUAUCAAAACGGUAAUAAACCAACUCCGAAUAUUGAAGCACUUCCACAUGGUAAAAAAUAUCGGAUGCUAGUGGAUUAAUUCAAUGCAGUAAAAUUUAUUAGGAUCCAAGUACAAGACUUACUUAGUUAAUUACUUAAUUACUUACUGUAUUAAUUAGUUUUUAUAGUACUGUAUUAGUUAUUAAUAGUAUAAUUAAUAUAUUUAUUAAUAUAAUCACUAUAAUAAUUAUUAAUUAGUUAUUUAAUUACUAAUUAGCUGUUAAUGCUACAUCAAGUAAAAGCAGAAAUCAGGUGCGUGAGUGACUGAUCACUGCUCUGGAUUAACAGAAUUCCUUAUUAGGAAGUCUUAAACCUGUGCUACAGGGAAGUCAGUUUUUUCUGGCCUCAGCUGCAUGUAGCUAUUUAGCAUUUAACAUCAAUGGGCUGAAUACAGUCUAUAUAGUGCGUGAGAUUAUCCCUAUUCUGAAGAUUUGGCAAUUUAAGGGAAAAUUGAGCAACCAAAGCACAGAGAAGAAAACAUCUCCAAGAAAGAAUCAAAAUGGACAUUCUGGGCUGCAUUCUGUUGUCUAAACCUUGUGUUUCCUGCAAUCUGAGAUGCCUGGAAGUAUCCCAAGUGUAUGUCCUGUAAUUUCAGAUAGCACUAACCCUCUUGUUUAAAUCCCAGUAAAUUUCCUGAGGUAACCCUUAGCUGCUCUUUCUUUUCUUUUUUUACUUCCUCCACCUGCUUUUAACAGAUCCCAUUAACUUAAAUCUAAAGAGCUGUUUUAUAACUUGCCACUUCAGUUUGUGUUGUUUAAAAAUACUUACUUCACUGUUUUAGAUACUGCUAAGUGGUAGCUGCCUGUUAAAAUAGGGAAGAGAGCAAUGGCACCUUCUGUUAAAAGAGCAACAGGUAAAAAGUCCCCUAAAAGUAGAUGUUUACUCUGGAAGUUUUCUCAAAACUUGCAUUAUGCAUGUCCUUUAGUUCUGGAUUGUCAGUAGUGCUUUACAAAAUAAUUAAAAUUAAGCAAACAGAAA